CUAAUUGUCGAACUCUCACAUGGGGUUCAAAUUUGCCUACGUGUGCGAUCUCCUUUCGAGCCUUGGAGACAACCGGAUAGUUAAAGCCUCCACGGCAGCAAGAAGCAGCAAUCCUGAUAUCCGCGUCAUUGCGCAGUGGUUUGCCCAACAUGGGAAGCGAAUUCACAGUCAGAGCACGGACCGAUUGGCUCUUCUGUCGUGCCUCUUCCCAGAAAAGAGAACGGACAGAGUCUAUUGGUUACAGGAUGCCUCGCUUGCGAGGAUAGUCGGUCGCUGCUUGCUGCUUGGAUCCUCGAGAAGAGAACAACUGGACCGCUGGCGUGUCUCUGGAUGUGGUGACCUGGGACAAUGUGUCGAGAAAGUGAUGCAACAAGCCGAGAAUCAUAUCCACGACGGGCAAGAGGUGACGGUUGAGGAAAUAGACAACGCGUUGAACCAAAUUGCCUCUCGAUGUCGCUUUUCCGGUCCUCGAGUCAGGAGACAACAUACAGCAGUGGACGUCGAAGAGGCCUUAAGACCUCUGUAUAGACGCCUGAAUAGUAGAGAUGCGAAGUGGCUCACCCGAAUGAUACUCAAAAGUUACUUGCCAGUCGUCCUACCAGUGCCCUUUGUAUUGAGGAGUUUUCAUUUUCUCUUUCCCCAUCUUCUACUCUUCCAGGAUUCAUUUGAUGCCGCUUUAAGCAUGCUGGAUUCAGAACCAAUGAAGUAUUUUCCUCCCCAUCCAGAGCCAGGACUUGCUCGGGACCUAGGUGCCAUUGCAGUGCUCCAUCUGACCCCACGGAUUGGUACCAAAAUCGGCCGUCCUGAAUAUUACAAAGCUCGAAGUAUUAAACAUUGCUGUCAAAUGGCUGCUCAGCGCCGAAUGAGUGUUGAAAGAAAAUAUGAUGGUGAAUAUUGCCAGAUACAUAUCGAUCUCUCCAAGUCGAACCCUAUCCAGAUCUUUUCCAAAAGCGGGAAGGAUUCUACGCUCGACAGAUCUGGCGUACAUGAAGCCAUCAAAAGGUCAUUGCGGAUAGGGGAUCCAAAUUGUAGAUUCUCGCGCUAUUGUAUCUUAGAAGGCGAGCUGCUUGUCUGGAGUGAGAAGGAACAGAAAAUACAGGGCUUCCACAAGUUGCGAAAGUUCAUAUCACGGUCAGGGAUAUUCAUCGGUACAGAGAAUGAUUCCCCACCGCAGCCGUAUGAACACUUAAUGGUGAUGUUCUUUGAUAUCUUACUGCUUGACGAUGAUGUCUGCUUGAGAAAGCCACAUAGGAAAAGGCGUUUGCUUCUCAAGGAUGUAGUACAGACGUUGUCUGGACAUGCCGACCUUGCAGAGCAGGAGAUAAUAGACUUUUCUCGAUCUGACGGUCAGUCUCGGCUCGAAAGGGCUUUCUCUAAGAGCAUCGUGCAACGGUGGGAAGGAUAUGUACUAAAAGCAUGCGAUGACCCCUACUUUUCCAUUUUCUCGACUGAAGACAAAUCUUACUCUGGUCGAUGGAUCAAGCUCAAGAAAGAUUACAUACCAGGUUUAGGGGAUACUGUCGAUUUUGCAUUAAUUGGCGCAAGAUACGAUUCUCAUGACAUUGCCCUCCUCAAAGGGAUACGCAAGAUAUCCUGGACACAUUUCUACGUCGGCUGCCUUGUCAAUCCCGAAGGUGUCCGCCAAUUUAACGCCAAACCUGUGUUUCAAGUGGUUGAUGUGGUCAAUCGCAACUGCAUGGACACACAAACGAUGCAAUAUCUCAACCAGAUGGGAGAGUUUCAUGCUUGCAGCCCAGACAUCAGCCACAUCUUUGAUAUAAGUUGCAGUCAGGGAAGCAUUCCCCCCAUGGACGUUCUGUUCAAGACUCCCUUUGUUGCUGAAAUACUGGGAAGUGGUUUUGAGAAGCCAUCGGGCGCCAGGUAUUUCACACUUCGGUUUCCCCGAAUCUUGAAGAUCCACUCCGAUAGAACUUUUGAGGAUGCGGUUUCGUUCGCGGAACUUCAGGCGUUGGCCAAAGACGCUCGCACUGCAUCUGCGGAAGAGCAGUCACAGGAAAUGCAAGAAUGGGCUAAGCGUUUGAAAUUGGCGAAUGGGUACUCAUAUGCUGUCAACAGAACACCCAGCUUAGCAUCCACAGCUAGUUGGUCAUCUGAAUCAGAAGGUGAUUCUUGGAAGGAAUGUUCUCCGAUGGAAUGCAUGACUAUGCCUUCACUGGAUUCCGAAGACCAGGAUAGGCAGAAGUUGGCUGUAGGUUCAACAGGCCUGCAGGACUACAUUAUUGAAGGAAAUUCUUCGACCGCACGGACAACGACGACGACCACCACCACCACCAGCAUCAGUGGAAUGGAGUCAAUGAAUCAAGCUCCUGAAUCACAAGGUUGUUUUGUGACGGACAGCCAAAAUUCUCAUCAAGGAAAUGCUGAACCACAAUCAGUCACUUCCUCGCACCAUGCAAGGUUCUGUGGAGGGAUGCCUGGUGAUAGAAAUACCAACCCCAUUGACUUGACGGAUGAUACGGACUCCUUUGAAUCACCAAAGAAUGCUGUCGAAAGGUCUUACGUAGAUGAUGCUGGGCACCCUCGCUGUCGUAUAUCUCAUAUACUACAGUCUCUCAUGCAACGCCCUGCGAACUUGAAGUCGCCACUCAUCUCUAUCCCAAUAUACCUCACAGGCCUUUCCUCAACUGAACAACACCAACAACAACUAAUAGAUCUGUGCCAGCUACCCGAUAGCUCAGAAGCGACCUUCAGUUUCUCUGAUUUCCUACAGAGAGUGUUGUCAGGAGAAUCCAGAAACCGACUGAAAUACUCAAACCCGCAUGCGUUCUCCCACAGCAUAACCCUCGGUUUAAUCUUCAUCGACAGGCAGAAUCCUUCUUCUUUCUGCACAAACCUCUGCAGAAUAAGCAACACUCUCGUGAACGCAGUCAGACAUAAUACUCCUUCCCUACCGUGUAGCGGAAAAAUUUUCAUUCUCAGUCUCGAUAUUCUCGGUCUAGGCGAUGGCCUUGAGGACCGCAGAUUCUGCCUUCAGUCUACAUGGAGUAAUAUAGGAAAAGUCUACUUUUAUGCGUCAGUUACUUGGGGUCCUGAUUCCAGGGUUGCUUCCGGUCGUCUAGGCAAUGGAAAGUCUGGCGAAGAAACUGGUGCUGGGAGAGCGUCUGGAUCACUACGUCAAGGACUGCAGCUAGAAGGGCUAAGACUCCAUCACCCAAAUACGAAAAUCAGAGUGGGCUUCGAUCGACGGGAAUUGAAGGUCCUAGGAGAAUUUGCUUCGAUUGAGCCGCUGGUUCAUGCUGGUGGUUUCGAGCCUCGCUGCGAUUGCGAAGGCGAAAGGACUAAUGAAACUUAA